AUGUCCAAUUUGAGCACAUUGUCCAAUGUGACCCUGAUCCCAACAGACGUCACCGACACGUCUAGCAUUAACGCGACUGUCACCGUAGUCGAAAAAGCGACCGGAGGCCGACUGGACUACCUCGUCAAUAAUGCGGGCAUCGCCAUAUGCCAGCCCUUGCUAGGCGUGAAUAUUGUGGACGCCAAGAAGUACUGUCUAUAA